ACAUAAAACACAAGGCAUCGGAAGAGAAUAUCAAGAGAAGUAGAGAAAUGAUCAAUGCAGAUUGGGGACCGGUGGUUGUUGCGGUGGCGUUGUUCAUCGUGUUGUCGCCGGGGUUGAUGUUCCAAUUGCCGUCGAGGAUUAGAGUGAUAGAGUUUGGGAACAUGUGCACAAGUGGGAUAGCCAUCUUGGUUCAUGCAGUUAUAUAUUUCUGCAUAUUCACCAUCUUGAUCAUGGCAAUCGGUGUUCACAUACAUGUUAACUAAUUCCUCUAAAGGGUAGGCCUCUCUCUUGAUUAUGCCCUUUGCUCUUGUUUUAAUUAGUUUUCAUGGUUGUUUGUAAUUGUAAAAGAAUUGCUCAACUGUGUAAAAAUGAAGUUUAUGUUGAAAUAGUGAUUAUAAGGGUGGUGUUCUAUUUUAAGGAAAACUCAGUUAAAUAUAUAAAUGGUCCCUAAUUAUA